AUGGGUAUUCAUGAUUUUCCACUCUAUAAAUGUGUUCCCUCUUAUAAUAGAAAAGAAAAUUCCUUUAAUAAUAGUAUUCUGUACAGCAAUCAUGCUGAAGUAGAAUUACUUUUCUUGUUUUUCUAUUUGGCAUACGAUCCGGUGAAGAAAGAAUACACUACAGAGCAUAUGGGAAAUGUAUCACCAGAUUUGAAGAGGUUCUUUACCAAAUAUAAAAAGCCAUCUGAUACAAUUACAUAUGCGAUGCACAAUGAUUGGAGUAAAGUAGUAGCUGAUCUAGACAACAAAAACAUUAUAUAUGUCAACGCCAAUAGAAAUAAACUUGCCACGUGUAUAAUAAAUACACUAUAUGUUGUUUCUGAAAUAACUGGAAGGUAUUCUAUAGAGAAAAAGACUCUUAAUGAGUUUAGAACCCUUCUGAAAAAAAGCGGAUGUUUGAGUAAUUUAAUAGAAACAGUAAAGGAAUAUGCAAAGAAUCUAUUUACAUCACUCACUAAAGAAUCCAGUCUAUCAAUUCAAACUCUUUUAUUACUGACAAACAAUGAGAGUUCUAGUGAUACUAAUAAAUGCAAAUCAGCUUUAAAAAAAAUGAUAAAGAAAGAGAUAAGAGUAACCAUAUCUAAUAUAUCUAAAGAAGAACUGGAUUUAGAUGGUAAAUUGCUUCUAAAUGGAAAAUUGACUAUAAUACACGAGUAUCCUGAGCACUGUAGGCUAAAGAUAGAAUUAUGCCAUCUAAACUCUUAUACACCCAUUAAAAACACACUCUGCAAACACAUUCAUCUAAAUAGUUCUAAGAGUGCUGCUGCAAUUGAUAUAAUCGAUUCUAUUAAUAGAGAAACAAAUAAUAGUCUGUCCGAUUAUAUAAUUAAGCAUAUCUUAGAACAAGCACUGCCUAAUAAUUCUACUAAGAAGAAAAAUAAAGAUUCGUGCACAGAAAAUAUGAGCCUGGCAAACGACAACAAUAUAUCCUAUCCAAUUGACAAGUUCUUCUUGUACAAUUCAAUGGAAUUAGAACACAAUUUGCUAAAAACAAUACAUCACAUUAGAAGUUGUCUCUUAGGGCAUCCUCUAGAGAAAACUGACCCGUGGGCCCGAACUAUUUCUAAUAUGAUAGGAGACCUUUCUCUAUAUAAAUUUAAUACAAUUGUGAAGAUGGUCUUCACUUCAAUGUAUCUUGGUGGAUUAUACAAAAACUGCACUAAAGAGAUGAAUAUACCUGAUAAAACAAUUUCUAGUGAUCAUUAUUUAGUAAAUGAACUAUAUAAAUAUAUUGUUUAUUUACAGAAAAGUGGGUCUACUACUGGCAGUGUAGAGCUUAUAAAGGCAUAUUUGGCAGCAGGAGAUCGAAUGGGGCAAAUCUUUUCCUUUUUCCUAGAAAGGGGGGUAUCACCCGACUAUACCAAAUUCCUCUCUGUAUUGACACUAGAAGGCACAACUAUAGAAUAUUUGGAUGAAAUUGCAAAAUUUAUAGAUAGUUUAGACAAAAACAAUCCAAAGUAUAAAAAUCUUGAGCCUUCUAAUGAUGUAUGGAUUAUUUGGCUUAAAAUGUCCUUUAAGUCAAAUAUUUUUGUUCCGGUUAUACAAGAAAUCUUUGAUAAAAUUACUAUUGAUGAUGCGCUUUUGAGCAGGAAUAAAGACAAACUUAAACAUCCUGAAAAGACUAAUGAUGAAUUAUUGAGUUUGUUUGUACAGUCUAAUACACUGUAUAAAAAAAUGAUAGAAACUGUGAAGUCUCUAAUAGAGAAGUAUCCUAAAUAUUCUGAAAUAUUUUAUUAUACAAUGAAGAGGUAUUAAUAAUACGGUCUAAGUUAAAUAAUGCACUAUUUUAAAUAGAGAGAAUACUAUAUGAGU